AUGAUUUUCCGAUUGGCUCGUAACAUUUCCCGAUGUCGACCCAUGGUCACCAAAGGGCUAAAUAGGGCAUAUUUUUCUGUCUUAAAAGCAAACUACGACAAUGCCUCUCGAUCAAAAAAACUGAAUGUGCAGAAUGUCCAGCAGGCAGGCGGAUCUCGGAUGCUGAAUGUGACAUGGAACAACGACACAGUAAGUCGGUUUCCCUUCGUUUUCCUCCGCGACAACUGCCAAUGCUCCGAGUGUUUCCACGAAUCUUCACUCCAGCGAACGUACGACACGUUUAACAAGCUAGACAUGUACAUUCAACCUCAGAGAGUCGAGGUUUUACAAAACGGUGAACAAAUCUCCAUCACGUGGCCAGACAAACAUGUUAGUCUUUUUAGCUCGCAGUGGCUUCAUUCCAGUCAGGCUACUGAACAGGCAAAUACGACGAAGGAGCGAUCGUCCCUUCAGAGAGAGGGAGUAAGAGUUUGGAACGGCAAUAAACUCCAGGGCAAGAUCCCAAGCUACAGUUUUCAAGACGUCAUUGAAGACGACUUUACAUUGUACGAAUGGUUGCACUCGCUUCAUAGUGUAGGAAUUGCGCUAUUGAAAAAUACACCACGACAACCAGGCGAAUGCAAUCAACUAUGUGCAAGAGUGGGGUAUACAAAGACGACAAAUUUUGGGUAUGUAAAUUAUUUUUUCGUUAACAAAUGACUUUACCUCAGUAUGCGAAUCAAACCCGGUGAACGAUUGUAGUUGCAUUUGCAGGGGACCUGAAAACAUUGGGCUAACGUAGAAUUAAUUUUAAAAUGUUGUUAAUUUCAUUAAUUGGUAUUUACAGUAUUGAUAACAUAAAUGAUUUAAAACCUUGAGUGAUUUGCGAAAUUUGCUAAUUUGCGCUUCAAGAAUUAACGAACGCUAACUUGAAGAAAGAAAAGACAAUUUGCCCUAUAAGCAAAAUGACCCUUAAAAAAAAAUUCAAAUCACAGUUGCAUUGAAAUAGUUAAUAAUUUAUCGAUUUCUUUUCCACAAAAUGGACAUCAAGUAUAAAGACCGAAAACCGCGAUCGAAAUUGGACAUGUCAUUGGUUUAUUUGCCGAGCGGGGCAAACCUUCCAACUUUACACUGACUCACACCAUGGGAAUUUUCUUUCAGAAAACGCCGGUUUUUUAUGGAGUGACCAUAACAAUUUACAGUUUUCCCUUAGAUAAUCGGUUACAUCUAAAAACCAGAAUUAAGGAACAUUUACGAUUCAAGUAUUUCCGUCAAUCAAACACGGCAAUACUGACCGACUUAAGCACGAGAAGAUUGACAAAAAUGAAUAAAUUACAGACGACAAAGCUGCUUGAAAUUUAUAAGCGAUACCUGCGUGAGUAAAAACAUACAUUUACUGUUGUUUCAUUACAACUUUUCGACCGAUGAUAAAAUAUUAAACUGAAAAAAUGGACUUUAUUUGAGUGUCAAUGUACUUAACAUUAGCUCCUAAUGGAGACGGGACCUCCAUUUUACGUGGUCAUCCGAGCCACGCGAAGGUCUAGCCGGCUGUAGGGCAAAGGAAGUACCUUCAUUUCUCAGUUAUUUUUAGACCCUGAGUAUUAGUCCGGCCCCGGGAAUCGAAACCGCAUCCUCCCUCUCUGCAGUCAAGCGCUCUACUGAAUGAGCUAAUCCUUCCGCGAUUAAAAUAAUUGGCAGUCUUAUUUGACGGACAGACACGAAAACUUCUACAAUUUAAAGGAGGGCUAACUACCGUAUUUCUACCAGUUCUAUUACGAAGGAGGUUCUUCCAACUACAUUUAUUGAUAGAAAUUCGGCCUCUUGUUCAUUGUUUUGUUUGUCACUUUUGCUUUGCUUUGAAAUAAGGCGUUAAAGAUUAAAUUUCAGUUUCUGUCGAUAAACAUAUUUACGAUGAUCUGUUUUGAAGGCUUUUAUAAUGUUUAGAUUGAUAAGGGCGAUUUGAAAAAAAAACAAAACAAAACAAACAAAACACAACAAAACUCUGCAUGCUUUUUGGAUACAAUGAGGAGGAAAUAUUUACCACUUAUCCUCUGUGGACCCCGAGGGAUGAGUGCGGAAAUAUCUAAUGUUAUAGCUACGUGCAAAGGGACGCAACAACUCCCAACAUUGCUGGCGUAGCUAAAAGUUUGACCGGUUUCAAACUUUGCGUCCGUUUGCACGGGGCUUAACAUUUAAUCAUGACACGAAUCAUAUCUUGGAUCUAUUCUUUUGGUUUAUUUUGGAAGGAAAAAAAUGGAAAAAUAUACUUUAAUUUCUUCCCCUUUUUCCUUUCCUUUUUUUUUUUUUUUUUCAAGUGUUCAACGCUUAUUUUUUUUCUUCUUUUUAAAUUCAAACCACACUGUUCAUCUGUGGGUGCCAGUUACUGACAAGCUUGACUACUAAACAGGUGUGGUAAAAAAAAAAACAUUCGACUUGCGAUAGAAAAGGUCUGAUAUCAUCUUCACAGCUGACCUAGGUAAUACUUUCUUUAUUUCCUGUUUAAGGAGUCAUAUCACAUUUGAAAAUUACUAAAGAUUAUGAAACAUUUUUAGGACUGUCGGAGCACUGUUUAUGCAAGAGACCUCCGGAUCUGUUUUGAAUCAAAAUACAGGAGAAAGUAUGAGCCAAAAGGAUUGCAGUGUGAACUCUAAGCUCUAUAGCAAAGCCUACUAAACAUUGUGACUCAACGAGCCGUACUUGUUUUAGAUCAGGAUUUUUCAAAUUUACAAUCUGUAACUGCCAUUAUAGGAUGCUAGAUGGAAAUGAAAUAGAGGUAAAAAAACGGUUAUCCACGACUCCUUUACACACUCUUUUUGCUGAUAAUACCUUUUUUCGUUGUAAGAGCGACUUUGAACGCAAUAAAAAAAGAAUUUGUAAUGUCAAGACAACUAAAGGCAAACAUGGGUGGAGAUUGUCUUUGCAUGCAAUAACAACGGAGCCACGUCCAAACAAGUGAGGAAUAACAACGCGAGACGUCACGAAACUCAGUCUACAUAUUUUUCUUGAUAUAAUUGUUUUUUAUAUGGAAAGAACAAACUGACCACGAUUUAGGAAUGCUGUUAUCACAGCUGUGAGACCACCUGAUUUCAUUCAAUUUUAUUCAAUUACCUGCCAGAGAGCAAGCUCUCAGGGGGAGGUGGGCGGUUAGACGGAGUCGGUGGAGACCCUCCCUCCGCAAUCCCACCUCCGAGGGCCUUCUAGCAGGCUACCUAAUUACAGUCGAUUCUCUCUUAAAGGUCACCCUUUUCAGUAUAUGACAUUACGGGAAGAUGCCAAAGAUUAUACUAAGAAAUAUUGUUGAAUUUCAUUUGCAGUGAGUGCUUCGAAGUGCAUACAAAGUUAAAUGCCAACAAUCUGGCGUACACCUCACUAUUCCUGCCGCCACACACUGACAUGCCUUACCAUGAUUACGUACCAGGGGUAAGUCAAACAUACUAAGCAAAAUACUUAAGUUAAGCUACGAUAAAACGGGCAACAAAAAAAACGUGCAACUUGCUUUGCAACAUUGCUGCAAAACGAUUUGAAUAGCGACGUUGCGCGUUUUAUCACCCACCUUCAAACCUGUCUUGCAACAAAUUAGGUGGUUGCAAGUUGCGUCAGUACUGACAUCUAAUUGGAUAAAACGGACCUUAAGUUGGGGUGGACGGUAAGGUGGAGGACAGCAACCGGAAAUAAAAGUUGCCCGAUUUGGGGCUAAUUGGCAUGGCUCAGCCGUCCAGCCUUCGUCGACUGCACGUCGCGACGGUGAGAAAGCUUAGUGCGGCGGUGUCUCGAGAACGUGAGUUUUCUCUUCCUAUUUUUGUCUUCAAAAUAUCUUUAUUUUGACAGAAUAUCGGUUUAAUCUGUUUCUUUAAUGUCUAGUUUACUUCAAAUGGUAAACCUUUCUCAAUUACUUAUUGUAACACUAUUUUAUGAUGGAAUAUAGCACACUGAACUUGUCCAAAUGCAAGAUUUGAAUUCCCAGCGAUAAAAUUAGCACAUUUAAUAUUCUCGCAUCAUGUGAACAUCGGCUUCUACUCUUUUCUUUAUUCGCGAAGUAUUUAGUUCAUUUUUUCUGCUUAAGUUAUAGGCCAAAAUAAAAUUACGUGUUCAUAGGUUCAUUAUUCGACAAAAUAAACCUCGUGAUAAAGCAGGAUGAAGGAACUCGCAGCUUAUUUAUUGCGCGCAUUGUCCAUCGUGUUAAUUAUUUGUUCUUAUUUUAAGAAUGUGGAGUGGACUAAAGUUCACGAUAUUCAGCUUGCUAAAGAAAUUCUUGCAAGUGAAUCCCAUCGUUUCAAGCCCAGAACUGUGUAAGCUCGAUUACCAGUUGUUAGCCUAAGAACUGUGGAGCGUGGGAGAAUGUGGCAAACGUAGAUAGCAAAUAGGCUCAAUGAAGCGACGAACAUUGUCUUUCGAGUAACAAAGCGCUCAACUAGCUUACAUUGUACAACAGAACGAAUUCCUCAUCUGAUAUGACACCAUCAUAUAAAAGUAGACCAAAAUCACUCGGAUCUUUCAGGGAACUCAUUCUCUCGAACCUUCCGAAAGUUAGAAAAACGUCUUCGAUCGUCACCUCUACUGAAACUUAAAGUUUGUUUCUCUCGCCAAGUGAACGUCGUCCCUCCCCAAGCCGCCGCGGCCAAAAGUCACCGUCCUCUAUGUUGCCGUCCACCUAAACUUAAAGUCGGUAAAAUUAGACGGGAGCCACGCUAUACAAGGAAGUUACGUCACUUGUUGCAAAAAGGCAAGUAAACAUGUACAGAGUUUGCUGCAAAACGUGAAAACUACUCUGUACUUUCUGCAUCAACCUCGUUCCCAGGGUUCUCUCGGAGAGAGAACUUGGGAACGAGGUUGGUUGCAAGACAGUUUUAAGGUGGGUGGUAAAACGCGCAACCUCGCUAUUCAACUCGUUUUGCAGCAAUGUUGCGAAACAAGUUGCAACAAGUUUUAUUCUAUAUUUUCUGGAGUACAUUCCUAGGCAAAAAGGACAACAUAAAGAAAAACAAAAGAAAGGAACAAAAAAUAAAGAAAGACAAGAAAAAGAAAAAUAUCACCAGCUUUCUUGUUGCUUGCCUUGGAGACGCUUAGCUCUUCAUUUGAUACGUUACAACAGACAUUCGCCACUACUGAAACGAGAAUGAAAAAUUUCGCAAAGACUUCUGGAACUGUAACCAGGGACAGGAGAAAAAAAAUGGCCAAUAGCUGCCUGACGCGUCCCAAGUAACGAUCCCAGAAUCAAUUGCGGUACACAUUUUGGCUCCAGUCUCCUUCUCGUUUCUAAAGUGGCAAAUGCCAUGCUUUGUUUAGGUUCAACUUCUCCAUUGUAUUGAGCAAGUGUUGAGUGAAGGAGGUGGCAAUCAGUUUGUAGAUGGAUUCUAUGUAGCAGAGGAGCUGAGGGAGAAAGACCCGGAAGCGUUUAAGCUCUUGUCAACCACGCGCAUUCCGUUCACUGCUAAAGGGAUCGACAUCUUUGGCGAAUUUCACACCAAAUUUGCAAGGCACAUAAUAGAGUGAGUGUUUCAAAAAUCCUACAACUUUUUGACAGUAAGUAAAAACAGACUUGUCUUACAAUACCUGUGCCAGCACAGCAUUAUUCAAAGGCGCCGUCCAGAAGGAAAAAAAAGAUCUCGUUUUCGGGCUUUGUAACAGCAAACUAGUCAUUAGGGCCAUUUAUACGAGGAAAAAUAAGACGCGAACUGUACCAUUUAUACGAGCUUGUCUUAUCUAAGACGAGAACAGCUCGUAUAAAUGGUUCGCGUCUUAUUUCUGUUCUUGACUCGUUUUCAUGUAAAUGUUGACCCCAGCAACGACAAUCCAACGUGGCGCGUCAAAAAUUAACGGAUGCGUACUAUGCGUUACGAAGGUCAUUUAUACGAAGUUUUUCUCGUCUUAGCUAAGACGCGUCUUAUCUAAGAACAGGUGUUAAGGGCUGUUCUAAAAUAAGACGCGUCUUAGCUAAGCUGCGUCUUAUUUUAGACGAAAUGUGCCGUUUAUACGGAAAGUUCGCGUCAAUUUAAGAGGCGUCCUAUGUAAGACGCGUCUUAUUUUUCCCCGUAUAAAUGGCCCUAUUGUGUGUCUACACUCUGCCAACAACAAUACAUAUACCGUAAAUCCUCUAUUAAGCCCCCCUUUCUCAAGUCAAGUAAGUCCCUCUCUAAUGGCCCACCCUUUUCAGGAAAAGAAAGUUAAUACCCCCCCCCCCCCCGCCCCAUCUCUUUUAAGCCCCCGCCCUCUUUCCCUUAUUAUUAUUAUUCACUAGUAAAUGAUAGAAUGUUUUAAUCAAUCACGACUGUAAAACCUCGUGUGGACUGAUCUAGGAUGGUUUAUUCACUAGCUGGAAGUUUGGAGUUGAUUUCGAUCCUCGGCUACAUGACUUCCAACUUCUUGUACUUGAACUUUUCCACUUUGCAUUCUAGUUGAUACCAUCGUCUUUGUUGAACUAAAUAAACCCCUCUCUCAAAUAAGCCCCCCUCCCCCCUGAAAUGUGUUUGAAAUACUUAAGCCCCGGAGGGGCUUUAUAGAGGAUUUAGGUAGACGUGCCGUCUUGUUACAAGAAUACGUCCACACUGGCGGUGGACGGCCUGUAGGUUCAAUUUAGGAUUUCGAAACUUUAAACGACGAAGAAAGACCUAAAAGACAUUUAAGACAGCUACCAAAAAAAGGAGGCAAAGAGUUUAAUGAAUGCAUGUUUAGGGCCAUUGUUUUGAUCCUGUGUUAAUCUUCUUCUCGUAGGUUGGACGAGAAUGAAAACAUCGUCCGAUUCUCGUGCAACAAUCCGACGCGUGAUUCCGGGCUGCAUGUUUCUCCAGAAAAAACUAUUCAACUGUAUGAAGCCUACCUGACAAUUGGCAAGAUGAUAGCAGAUCCAGCCAAUCAAAUUGAGCAUAAAAUGUUACCCGGCGAAGUUGUAACGUUCAACAACAGCCGCGUGCUACAUGGUAGAUCCUCUUUCAUCGUCAACAAGCAAACAAAGCGUUACUUGCAAGGGUUUUACCUCGACUGGGAUGUUAUCUAUUCUCGACUAAGAGUUCUGGCUAAGCAGUUUAAUAUUCCAUUUCGAAUCUAA